AUGGCGAUAAAUCAGGGCUGUGAGGUGUGCUUGCAAGUAUGUAUCGAUCUGAACCAUCUGCGACUGUCGAUUCGAUAUCGAGAAAGUCUGCUAUCUCCUACUGCCGCAGAAAAUGUGCUCAGUACCGUUCAGCAAGCUAUUCUCAGCGGAAUCUGCGAUCUUCCAGUGCCAAUAAUGCGCCUUUCCCUCUUUACAAGUCGACAUCAAAGCCAUAUCGAAGAUUUCCAGAGACCACCCUCAGCCCUAGACAUGCCGCCAAAGUCCUCUUGGUGGGAGGAGCUGAAGAUUUCCGUGUUGGAGCAGGCAGGCAGGCGUGAUGCAGUAGCGCUGGAUGGGUGGGACGGUGUGUGUACAUAUGGAGAGCUCGAUGAAAUGUCGUCUCGAGCCGCUGCUCACUUGCAGAGUAUUGGAAUAGGCUCGCAGAUGAUGAUUCCAGUGUGUUUUGAAAAAUCCAUUUGGUCAGUCAUUGCAACCAUCGGUGUCCACAGGACUGGGGCUGCAUUUGUUCCUUUAGAUCCGGUCUUGCCCACUGCGCGAAUCCAAAAAGUGGUGGCCUUGACGGAGUGCAAGUUUGUCGUUGUUUCAUCCACUCAGCAGCACCGAUUCGAAGGCUCGUCGGUCACUCCAGUCAUUAUCAACCAGUCAUUAUCAAUGGAGAGGCUUGGUCACUUUUCCGCUCGCGAAUGCACUUUCGCCGUCUGGAGUUUCCAUGGAGGACCCUGGCUACUGUCUUUUUACCUCCGGGAGCUCUGGAACUCCCAAAGACAGAGUACAACGGUGCAUCUCAGCGAACGCUCGCGCAGUCUCCAAUUCGCCUCUCAGUCCUUCGGUAUUUUGAUCAUCGAGAUCUACUGCACCCUUGGCAUCGGGGGCACUGUCUGCAUUGUCUCCGACGAGGAUUGUGCAGGAAUCAGCAACUUGGCGCGUGUAAUCACUCGAGUCAAUGCAAACUGGACCUUCAUGACUCCGACGAUGGUCGGCUCAUUACAUCCGAUAGAGGUUCCCUGUCUUCAAACAAUUGUGACAGGCGGUGAGCCCUUGCAAAAGUCCCAGAUCAUGACCUGGGCAGCCGCCGUCAGUCUACACCAGGCGUUGGGCUUAACAGAGUGGGCAGGAACAUGUUGUAUAUCUCCUCGCAUCACCUCGCCUUCUUGCAUGGGAGUGUUUGGGAAGCCAAUGCCCCAUGCACGAGCAUGGCUCGUCGACCCUGGGAAUGAGCAGUCUCUUGCCCCCAUCGGGGCAGUCGCCGAGCUAUGCAUUGAAGGAACGUGUCUUGCACAGGGUUACCUCAAUGACUCUGGCGCAUCAUCCAAGGCCUUUAUGGUGCACCCUGGAUGGGCACAGGAGCCGCUCUUUCCGGCAAUCGACGGCCCACGUAGGCUUUAUAAGACCGGGGACCUUGUGCGAUACAUGUGUGAUGGAAGUAUCCAGCACGCCGGACGAAAAGGCAUGCAGCGGAAGGUCCGUGGCCAACGGAUUGAGAUCACGGAGGUCGAGUACCAUCUCAGACAGCACUUCCCUGAGGCCCUGCGGGUGUUUGAAGAAAUAAUCACUCCUUGUGAUGAUGCCGCAUCGAGUUCGGUGUUGACAGCCUUUCUUCAGCUCGACCAACCAGGGGCUGAGCAAAAUGGCAGUGGCAAUGGCGAGAACUGGUUUUCCCCCGUCGGUCAGACCCUGCAAGAGCGGAUCAAUGCAACGCGCCAGGCCCUUUCCUCCCAGGUGCCCCGAUACAUGAUCCCUGGCUUUUUCCUUUGUAUUCGUGAGGUUCCCUUUACUGUUAGUGGAAAGCUCGAUCGGCGACGUCUGAGCAACUAUGCAAACCAGCUCACGCGCUAUGGACUGCUUGGCAAGGACCAGGCAAAUGGGUCACGCCGGGCACCGGCGACGGAGAUGGAGACAACACUGCUUGCACUCUUCGCCUCGUCCCUCAAAACUUCCGUGGAUAUGGUUGGAGUCGAUGAUAACUUCUUCCACCUUGGGGGCGAUUCAAUCAAGGCCAUGGCUCUUGCUGGCCGAGCGCGCUCUCAGUAUGAACUACGCAUCACUGUAGGCGACAUCCUUACUCACCCAACAGUCUCUCAGUUAGCCGUUGUGAUAGCAGAGAAAAAACUCCCUCCAGAGGUCAAUGGCGUUUUACCUUUCUCCCUACUGUUCCAGGCCCAAACCAAGGAGGAGGUUGUCCAAGACGCCUGCAAACAAUGCCAAGGCAAUCCGACACCAUUGAGGAUAUCUAUCCCUGUACACCUCUUCAGCAGGCCUGUCUGGCACGAGUCGGCUACUCUCUUCACGCGGGACGAUCGAGACGAGAAGCCCGAGCUGCUGGUCGACUUUGGCCAUCCAUUAGCCCGGAUUUCCAUUCACCGGGACAAUACUAGCAACUGCAUCCAGCUAGCGCUCACUAUGCAUCACUCUGUGAUUGACGGGUGGUGUUCCCGCAAGAUCCUGGAUCAGGUAGAAGCGGUUUAUCAUGGGAAACCUCUGACAGCGUCACCUCCGUUCGCUACUUUCGUCCAAUACCUCAGCCAGCUUCCAGACCACAAGGCAUACUGGACGGAGUACUUCUCAGGGAUCAAUACAGAGUCUCAAUAUCAAGGUAACAGCGACAUUGUCUACGGCGUGACUGUGUCUGGACGGAAUGCACCCGUUCCGGGUAUCUUGACAAUAAUCUCCCCAACAGUAGCGACCAUGCCAUUCCGAGUACGACUAGAUCCAGCCGCAUCGAUUGCGGACACACUGGACAGUGCAGUUGCGCAGACGGUCAGGAGCAUUCCUCAUGAGCAGACGGGACUGCAGAACAUCAGGAAGUUUGGCGAAGAUGUCGCCGCUGCGUGUGAAUUUCAGACACUGCUCGUAAUUCAACAUAUUGAAAGCACUACGGGGUACAGUCUGUUGGGAGCCGAGGCUCGGGAGACCAGCCUCUCUGCUUUUGGCACACAUGCCCUCACUCUGGUCUGCAAUCUUAACGCGGAUCCGGUGGAGCUGAAGGCAUGGCACGACCCUAAGAUCGUACCCGAACGACAGGUCUGUCGUAUCCUCGGUCAGCUCAAGCAUGUGGUUGAAAACAUUUGUAAAUCACUAGCUGCCACAGUGAAUGACUGCAUGACUGUGAGUCCAAGUGACGCCGAGGAAAUCAGCGCCUGGAAUCGGCCAGUUCCAGCCUUAUCUCAGGAAGGCGUCGAGGUACUGUUUCGCCAGCAGUGCGUGGCACAUCCGAACCAACUCGCAGUAGAUGGAUGGGAUGUGCAAUUUAGUUAUCAAUCCCUCGAUGAGCACUCCACUCAGCUGGCCAAGCACUUGGUAUCGAUGAAGAUCGGAUCCGGGGAAUUCGUACCCAUCUGCACUGAAAAGUCCGGAUGGACGAUUGUCUGCAUGUUUGCCGUGAUCAAAACCGGGGCUGCAUUCUUUCUUCUUGAUCCAGCGGUCCCGAAGCAGCGAUUGGCGAGUAGUUGCCAGCAGGCGAAAUCCAAGCCGGUACUCACGACGACUGGAACUCUUCCACUUGCACCGGAACUAGUGGCAAAUGUUGUUCUCGCAGAUGAUCUAUACCCUGCCAGAACGGACAUAUCCCUGCCAGCCAUUGAGCCAGAUCACCCCCUGUUCGCCGCGUUCACUUCGGGGUCAUCCGGUGUUCCCAAAGCGGCCAUGGCGAGCCACCAAUCAUUCCUCAGUUACUCUCUCCCCGUGAUGACGAGGAUGGAGAUAGACGGGAGAGUCCGAUGGCUCCAAUUCUGCUCCUAUGCAUUCGACAUGAGUGUGAACGAAACUCUGUGGACGAUGCUAGGGGGUGGCUGUAUCUGCGUUCCAUCUGACUCGGGGCGCAUGGACAACUUUGUUGAUACUGUAACAACCUUCCGUCCGACUCGCACUAUCCUCACCCCCUCCUUUAUGCGCUCGAUUGAUCCUAAGCAUCUCCCAUCUCUCCGCGCACUCAUGCUGGGUGGCGAGCCGACACAGCCGUCGGACCUUGCCGCCUGGAGCCCAUACAUGAAGCUGAUGAUGGAAUACGGACCUGCUAAGUGCGGCUCAACUCACCUUCGGUCCUAUAGUGAGAGUCCCGAUGACCCUUACACAUCCGUUGGGUUCCUCACAGGUGGUGCCAACUGGCUUGUGGCCCCUGGGGACCCGGAAAAGCUUCUUCCUAUCGGUGCAGUGGGCGAAUUGUUACUCGAAGGCCCGUUCGUCGGGCAGGGGUAUAUGCACAAUGCGGCCAAAACCCAGGAAGUCUUCCUUGCAGAGCCCAGUUACGUGCGAAAGCUCCGUAAUGGCCCGAGUCGCGUGUAUAAGACUGGCGACCUGAUGCGAUACAAUGUUGAUGGGUCCCUCAGUUUCGUCGGACGGAUGGAUUCUCAGGUCAAGAUCCGUGGGCAACGGAUCGAGUUGACCGAUGUCGUGGUCGAGCUGGUCUCGCCGGAAGGCCGUGGAGCACCUUUCCUCGCAGCUUUCAUCUUCACCCCCAUUGAAGGCCAGCGGGGUACCAAUUCGGACACGAAAAAGACGAAUGCAAGCUGCCAUGUCUUCCAUCAACCGGAAGAAGGAUUUGAAGAGUAUGCAGCCAAGGCUCUCGUUCUGCUUCGUGAUCGACUACCUCGCUUCAUGAUCCCGUCGAUGAUGAUCAAUCUCGCACGCAUGCCACAAACCGCUAGUGGCAAAAUUGAUCGUAGAUACCUUCGAAAGACAUUAGCUGAGUUGCCAGAUGAAGAGCUCAAGCAAUUCCGUGCCAGGAAUGAGAAGAAGCGUGGCCCAGCCACCGAGAUGGAACAGAAGAUUCAAACCUACUGCGCCGUGGCCUUGAAGAUCCCAUGCGAUGAGGUUGGUCUGAAUGACAGCUUCCUCCAGAUUGGUGGCGACUCCAUCAGCGCCAUGUACAUGGUGGCCGAAGCCCGCAAAGAUGGAGUCACAAUCAGCGUGGUUGAUAUUCUGGACAAUCCUCGCCUGUCCAAACUGGCCAGUCAUGUGGCAAAUCACAACGGCUCUUUGGCCAGCCCCAGCUCUGACAGUAGUGCUGAGAUUGAGCUGUUCUCGCUCGUCGAUGACGAGGCUCGGACAGAAGCCACACGUGAGCUCUUGCAGCUGCAGAUCGUAAAGCAGGAAUCGCAUAUUUUGGACAUCCUACCAGUGACUGCGAGUCAGCAUUUCUUCCUCACUCAGUGGACUCCAUUCUUCGGGUGCUCCUUUUUGACUGGUUUUGUUGACGGGAAGCGCCUUCGCCGCGCCUGUCAGGCUGCGAUGUCUGCCCACAGUAUCCUGCGCACUGCGUUUGUGCAAACGCAGCACGGUUUGCUCCAGGCAGUACUUCAGAACAUUGACCUUCCAUUUCAACAGAGGACCACGACAGAGGACCUGCUGACCUACUGCGACGCGGUGUGGCAAAGGGACUCGGAGAUAGCAUCCACUGUCAACACUGCGCCGCUCCGUUUUGAGCUCGUGUCGCGGUCGGCAACAGAGCACGCUUUCAUCGUCCGUGUCUCCCACGCCCAGUAUGACGGUCUCUCGAUGCCAACCCUGAUGACUGCUUUGGCAGCGGCGUACACGGGGGACACCCCAGAGGCCGUGAUCAACUUCGCCAAUUAUCUGCACCUUCGCUCUUUGCAAGAUCAUACGGCUACAUACGACUUUUGGCGCCAGUAUCUGCUCGAUUCCUCGGUCCGGUCAUUGGAUAUUUCCACCGAUGGACCCUCUCCGAGUCCAAGUCCUAGUGCCGCCUCUUCGCGCAUCAGCGCCGGACAAAACAUCCCCAUGCCCAGUCUCCCUGUCGGCCUGACUGUCGCAAGUCUUGUCAAGGCCGCCGCCGCCUGGCUCUUCACCCGGAAUACUCAUCACACCGAUAUCGUCCUGGGUCAUACCGUUUCCGGGCGCGGUAUGCCCGUCGCAGGUAUCGAGAAGAUGCUCGGACCCUGUCUGAACACCAUUCCAUUCCGGGUGAAGCUGCAGCGCGGGUGGAAGGCAGUCGAUCUUUUGCAGCACGUUCAGAAACAAUGCUCCGCGACUCUUGCGCAUGACUACGUGGAUCUCGCGGAUAUCGGCCGCAGCAGCACCGACUGGGCGGAUACUUCUCUGCCCUGUGUUAUCCAGCAUCAAAACAUUGCGGAGGGUUCCGCACUUCCGUUACCUGGCGUGGCAUGUACCUCGUCUGGGUGGGCAUGUUUCAUUCCGGAAUCUGGGAUGUGGAUUUUAUCCACGCCGCAGGACGACAAGUUGCAGGUGAUGCUGUGUACUUCUGGGGCAUUCAUGUCGCUGAAAAGCGCCCGAGCCUGGGUCAAGGAUCUUGCGACCGCCAUCACUCUUCUCGCCAGCCAGCCAGAUCUGUUGUUGGAUGAUGUUCAUAUAUAG